AUGCCAAUAAAAUCUUCGCGCGACGUGAAAUGCUCUGUCUUGCUAUCAUGCUCGAACUCAGUAAUCUGUAACAGACGAGGAACUCUUACCUGCUCAAACUACUGCUCUAGACAAUGCCAAGAAGCGCAUUGGUCUUCUCACAAAAAGUAUUGCAAGCAUCCUUACAACCGUCUGGAUUGGAAGCCCGCUUGGAUCACUGAAAAUCGGUCACCAGCAUUCGUAGGGGGUGAUACUCAAUCACAUUUCGGGGCUCAUUGGGCUCCAGAGUAUCUCUGGGGAAACACACCGGCAGUGAACUGUCUCCAGCUAGAACACAACGAAGGGGUUCUUGAAAGUGUCGAUAAAGAUUUCAAUUUGUGCUUCGCCGCCUCAGGUGAUAUACGGAAUAUGGUAAUGACGGUCAAUGGUCUUCCAGAUAACUACGAAGGUCACUGCAAAAUUCUACUGAACGACCGUAGUGAUCUUGUCAGCACUAGGAAUAUUCUUAUCUUCAGAUUAAGCCCGAAUGAUGUACGCAAGAAAUCCUUUCCGAUACGAGGAGCUGGGAGCUUAUCUAUUGCACAAUCUGCUGUCAAAAUUUUCGGCGAGCCACUUGCCAUGCUUAGGGCUACACACACACUUAACGAUAGUCGCAAAGCUAUGCACGACGUCAUGCUGAGUCCUCAUCGAGUAGAUUACCGUGAUCGAUACCUGUCUGGUUUGCAACCUUCCCAUCGUCUAUCGUUCUUGCGGUUUCGUGAAAGUGGAGUUUUACUACACUUCGCCGACCAUGUUGGUUCGGAAACCUUCCAAGACCCUAAUCGGCUCUUGUUCACUGCUUCGGGAAAAUGGGUUACCAUGGACAAUGCAAACCCACUAUCCAGCUGGGAUGUCAACGAAGUGUUGAAGACCGGACAAGCUUAUGGUCUUGACCAUGCUGAUAUCUACGGAUGCCUUUUCUUUCACGUCAAAGCCCAAUUCACGGAAUUUGCCCGUCGUGUCGAGAAAUUCCAUAUAGAUAUACAUGUUUCACAACUUGAUGCUCAUGUCGCUUCUGGGCUACUUCAAAAGGGAGAGUUGAAUCCUGACUUGUUCGGGAUCAACCCGGCGUUUGACCGUAUCGAGACAUCCAAUAUAGCAGACUAUGCAGGCAUCCCUAGUAUUUUGCAAGACUGGUCUGCUGUUCUCAAUCGAGAGAAUAAGCAUGCUGUCGUUCUUGUGUAUCUCAUGAACUGGGUGAUGAAACGACCAGGCGCUUCAUUUAGCAUGAUGGGUGAAGGGAUGGGGCUCAACUUGAAAGGUUCCACAAACGUGAAAGUGCUUCUAGAAAGAACUUCUUCAAUGCUGGGAGUAAAUUUUCGAACUUUGCUUGGGAAUGGUGAUAUUCAACGUGCUCCUACAUUUUAUAAUGUUCUUGAAAAUGUGGAUGUGUUCCUUGAUAACCACAAACAAUUUCAAGAUCAUCUUAAUUCUGAGGGGAUCAGUAAUGUUCCGAAGCUAUACAAGCUUCAGUUGAGGCCCAGAAACCGAAUUUACCCAAAGCGCUUUGGGGUUGCCCUAGGGGCUCGCCCGGAUGCAUUACCCUCUGUAACAAAAACAGAAUUCUACAACAUCUAUAUAAUUGGAGGAUGUAAUCCGGGGGAUCGAUAUCUUGAGUUUGGGCUGUCCGGCAUACAUUGA